ACCAAAAACAAAACAAUUGAAUGGUACAAAACUAUUCAAAAAUAUAUAUAGGAGUAUUUUAAACAAGGAAAUGCUGCUAAAAUUUUUAUAGAGAUCAGCAGGAAGAAGGUGGCAAUUUGAACUUUCUUUCAACUGAUGUUGAUAUGUUAAAAACCUUCUCCAACUAAUUGGCAGAAAAUCAGAAAGACAAGGUUUUGCUUCUUGUUGAUGAGCGCAUUAUAGCUCUGCUUGUGUAAGCCAAAGUCGGUUCACUAUCUUAUUAUGCGAUUUUUAUAAUCGUUGAUAUUGCUUGAAAAUUAGUGGAUAGACUCUAUUGGGGAUCUACUACUAUAGUAUUCUUUUUUUUCUUUUUCUUUUUGAGGUGAGAACUGAGAAGGAAAGACAAACACUUGGGAAUUGUUUUAGCCCACCGAGGUUGUUUGUUUGAGCAUGUCUGUUGCUUUGUUGUGGGUUGUUUCUCCAAAUUCCGAGGUCUCAAAUGGGACAGGAUUCUUGGAGUCAGUCCGGGAAGGGAACCGGCUUUUCGAAUCAUCCAGGUUCCCAGCUCGGGACAGGAAUUUGAUGUGGAAGGGGAGAAUCAAGAAAAGUAGGAGACAGAGGUGGAAUUUUGGGUCUUUAAAUGCAGAUUCCAGAUAUUCGUGCUUGGGAGGAUCAAGAAAUGAAGAUGGAAGCAGUUUUUCUAUACAGUCCAGUUUGGUGGCUAGUCCAGCUGGAGAAAUGGCUGUGUCAUCAGAAAAAAAGGUGUAUGAUGUUGUAUUGAAGCAGGCAGCUUUAGUGAAGAGACAGCUGAGAUCUACUGAUGAUUUAGAAGUGAAGCCGGAUAUUGUUAUCCCCAGGAAUGUAGGCUUGUUGAGUGAAGCAUAUGAUCGUUGUGGCGAAAUAUGCGCAGAGUAUGCAAAGACAUUUUACUUAGGAACCAAGCUAAUGACACCAAAUAGAAGAAGAGCUAUAUGGGCAAUAUAUGUGUGGUGCAGGAGAACGGAUGAGCUUGUUGAUGGCCCUAAUGCAUCACACAUAACCCCACAAGCUUUAGAUAGGUGGGAGGCCAGGCUAGAAGAUAUUUUCAACGGGCGGCCAUUUGAUAUGCUUGAUGCAGCUUUAUCCGAUACUGUUACCAGAUUUCCUGUUGAUAUUCAGCCAUUCAGAGAUAUGGUUGAAGGAAUGCGUAUGGACUUGUGGAAAUCCAGAUACAAGAACUUCGAUGAGCUUUAUCUCUAUUGUUACUAUGUUGCCGGUACAGUAGGAUUGAUGAGUGUUCCAAUUAUGGGCAUUGCACCUGAAUCAGAGGCAACGACAGAGAGUGUAUAUAAUGCCGCUUUGUCUUUAGGGAUUGCAAAUCAACUAACCAAUAUACUCAGAGAUGUGGGAGAAGAUGCAAGAAGAGGAAGAGUAUACUUACCUCAAGAUGAAUUAGCACAGGCCGGGCUCUCAGAUGAAGACAUAUUUGCUGGAAGAGUGACCGAUAAAUGGAGGAACUUUAUGAAGAAGCAAAUUCAGAGGGCAAGGAAAUUCUUUGAUGAGGCAGAGAAAGGUGUCUUAGAACUGAGCUCUGCCAGUAGAUGGCCUGUGUUGGCAUCGUUGCUUUUGUAUCGCAAGAUAUUGGACGAGAUUGAAGCAAACGACUACAACAACUUCACAAGGAGGGCUUGUGUGAGCAAGCCAAAGAAGCUUCUCAUGUUGCCUAUUGCUUAUGCAAGAUCUCUUGUUCCCCCAAAAAUUACUUCUUCUCCACAAGCAAAGACAUGAAUGAAUUUGUUGGAGACAAUAUAAUGAGGAAUAUAUACUCAAGUAAAUGAGGCACUUGUAAAUGAGAUAUCUUGCUACAUGUGUAUCAUCAUCAAAAGUAGAUUGUAAAUUCAAUAUGACAACUUCCCGGUAGAAUGUUUCUCCACACUCAAACCCUCAAUUGAGAAAAUUACUUGUUCAUGCAUAGAAUUCAGUAACUUCCUCCUACUGUU